UAGGGGGAGGGCACACAGGAACUGGGGGACACAGCUCACAGGCACAGCACCACGCUUGCGCCUUUUGGGGCGGUGCUCGCCGAGUUCUCCCAGGAAGCUCCUGAGGGAGGUGCCGCUCUUAUGGCCACGUUACAGCCGGGCACGCAGAACCACACAGGCAGGGUAAGCCGCUGCCUUCCCACAGCUGCAACCGUGCACCGUGUCUCCCGUGUUCCGGGCCCAGUGCUAAGGGAAAAUGAAGGACAAACUUCCCAUCCUCCAGGAAGGGAUGGUCAGCAUUGAACAAGCUAUUACAAGGGAGGCAGCUUUAUGACAAAGUCUCAGGUGUCUGCAGUCUUCUGCUAUUGCAAACAUUUGUACUAUACGGAUCAUUCUUUUCCAUAUACUUGCCCUCGAGUCAUGUGUGAGGUCAAAGGAUAAAUUGAUGGAGGUGGCAUGGAUGAAUCAGAGGGUUCAUUAGCAUGACGAGGGUGUCCCCCACCUGAAGACAAGGAGCCAGGCCCCGAGUGAUGCCCCGGAGCCGAGUGCCCACGGCCCCACCCUUCCCCAUGGAGAAAGGACUUGCUUUGCCCCAGGACUGCCGGGACUUUCUGCACAGUCUGAGAAUGAGGAGCAAAUAUGCCCUUUUCCUGGCUUUUGUGGUGGUGGUCUUUGUCUUUAUUGAAAAGGAAAAUAAGAUCAUAUCGAGGGUCUCGGACAAGCUGAAGCAGAUCCCCCAGUCCCUGGUAGAUGCCAACAGCACGGACCCAGCCCUGGUCUUGGCCGAGAACGCAUCCCUCUUGUCCCUGAGCGAGCUUGAUUCGGCCUUCACGCAGCUGCAGAGCCGCCUGCGAAACUUCAGUCUGCAGCUGGGCUUGCAGCCUGCGGAGGAGGCGGCCAAGGGGGAGGCGGAGGGGGAGCAGCCGCCCGGCCCCGCCGAGGCCCGCCCCCGGCGCCACGUGCUCCUCAUGGCCACCACGCGCACCGGCUCCUCUUUCGUGGGUGAGUUCUUCAACCAGCAGGGCAACAUCUUCUACCUCUUCGAGCCGCUGUGGCACAUCGAGCGCACGGUGUCCUUCGAGCCGGGAGGCGCCAGCGCGGCGGGCUCGGCCCUGGUCUACCGGGACGUGCUCCAGCAGCUCUUCCUGUGCGACCUGUACGUGCUGGAGCACUUCAUCAGCCCGCUGCCCGAGGACCACCUGACCCACGGCAUGUUCCGCCGCGGCUCCAGCCGCUCCCUCUGCGAGGAGCCGGUGUGCACGCCCUUCGUCAAGAAGGUCUUUGAGAAGUACCACUGCAAGAACCGCCGCUGCGGGCCCCUCAACGUGACGCUGGCCGCCGAGGCCUGCCGCCGCAAGGAGCACAUGGCGCUCAAGGCCGUGCGCAUCCGCCAGCUGGAGUUCCUGCAGCCGCUGGCCGAGGACCCGCGCCUGGACCUGCGCGUCAUCCAGCUGGUGCGCGACCCCCGCGCCGUGCUGGCCUCGCGCAUGGUGGCCUUCGCGGGCAAGUACGAGACCUGGAAGAAGUGGCUGGCCGAGGGGCAGGACCGGCUGCGCGAGGAGGAGGUGCAGCGGCUGCGGGGCAACUGCGAGAGCAUCCGCGUGUCGGCGGAGCUGGGCCUGCGGCAGCCCGCCUGGCUGCGCGGCCGCUACAUGCUGGUGCGCUACGAGGACGUGGCCCGCCGGCCGCUGCAGAAGGCGCGCGACAUGUACCGCUUCGCGGGCAUCCCCCUGACCCCGCAGGUGGAGGACUGGAUCCAGAAGAACACGCAGGCGCCCCGCGACAGCAGCGGCAUCUACUCCACGCAGAAGAACUCCUCGGAGCAGUUUGAGAAGUGGCGCUUCAGCAUGCCCUUCAAGCUGGCGCAGGUGGUGCAGGACGCCUGCGGCCCCGCCAUGCGCCUCUUCGGCUACAAGCUGGCGCGGGACGCCGCCUCGCUCACCAACCGCUCGGUCAGCCUGCUGGAGGAGCGCGGCACCUUCUGGGUCACGUAGGGGGCCUGGGGCCACCGCACCCUCCUCGUGAAAGUCCCGCCCUGCCUUCCUCAACCCAGGUGGUGCGCGCUCGCAGAGGCCGGCGGGAAGCCGCGCAGGGAGCAGGCCGGCUCUGCUGUAGAAGCAGCCCCCAGCCAGCCGGCUUCCCCAGGGCUGUGGGCUGGGCAUGUUGCUGAGAACAGGAUCAACCAGACCUAAGGGGCAGGCUCUCGCCUAUUGACA